CUUCGUUUAAAUGGCAAGGUCGUAGAACUAAACAACGAUAGUAAACAUCCGGUUAGAAUAUAUACCUGUAGAAUAUUUUCCUACGAAUAUUUAAUUCAUACAUUAUCCACAAACUUACAAUGUGAGGCAUAGAGAGUGAACAAGUAAAUCCAGCUUUUUGAAGAUUUGAAGUGGUACGUGGUCAGACAAAGAUGGAACACAAGCGAAUGAAAGCAAAACUUGCUAUGGUAACUCAUCUUCCUGCCGGAAAUGACGUAAUCAUUAGCUACGAUCCUGAAGACAGAAAUUACGUCAUUAAAAUCAGAGACAAACUGAAAGAAGCGGGAAUUGCUGUCUGGGUGGAGACUUAUGAUUUGGGAGGAGGAGCAAACGUCUUCAGCAAGGUCGGUCAGGCUGUCGUGGAUGCAAAGAUAUUUUUUUACCUGAUCAGUACAGAUUCUGUGAAAUCAAAGUUAUGCCAGGAUCAACUGGCUCUCGCCUACGUCUCGAAGAAAUCGAUUCUCCCCGUAGCGAUAGACGAUGAAGAUGAUGUUUCCAAAAUUAUGGACAACGGCAUGCGAUUGCAGCUUGCUGGUUUUGAAUGGUCGUUCUUAGAUCGUGAAAUAAUUGAGGAUGGCUUACCUAGCUUGGUUGCUCGUAUUAAAGAUAUGUUAGCGGACUAUGAUUCAUCAAAUCGAGACGAAGAAACGAAAAAGAAAACCGAAGAAAAGAAAAGGUAUCUGAGAUCCGCAAAAUCAAGGUCAAGGAUAAAAGCAUCCAGAAUCCAUCUGCAAGAUGGAAAGGCAUAUUGGACCAAUACAUUCGGAGUAGUUGCAAACAUGUCCUGGGAAAGAUUCAAAGCGAAACUGGUAGAAGAUUUCAAACUUGACUUUGAGCAGACGUUUGGGCAAGAGGAUACUGAAUGGCUACUUGCUAUCUUGCACAGAGAGCUAAUGGUUGAACAAGAUGAAAACGUCUCUUUUGAGAAUUUCAUUGCAUUCUGUACAAUAGAUGAGAAAGUAUUGCCCAUAUGGUCCAGGAUCCAAGAACAAGCCAGAGAAAGUUACGCAAUGAGAGAAGUUUUUGACAUGGAUUCUAGUGUAAGAGUUGAUGCUAUAGAAAAUCUUGGAAAAUUCAAAAGUCUGACAGUGAUUGGUGCGUUGAGAGAUUUAUUGACAGACAAAGACGCAAACGUACAGGCUGUGGCUAUUAUCUCCUUAGCUAGAACAGAUUCCAAAGACAUAGAAACUAUCGUAGCUCUACGGAAAUGUUUGAAAACGAAAGACAGGGUCGUAAGGGAAGCGGCAUGUCUUGCUUUAGGCCAUCUUGGUGUAGAAGCUGUUAUUGAAGAGCUAGUAAACCUUUGGCGAAACGACAUUAUUUCCAAUGUAAGAGAGGCUGCCCUUGUAGCGUUGAACAAAAUUGGAGGACCAAAAGCAAACGAAGCUAUCCGAGUUACAGAGGUGCUCGAGAAGGAGAUUCGCAGCAUGAAAUCAGCGUGAUUUUGUAGUCUUGUUCCCUACCUUGCGAACAGGAUAACUUUAGUGCCUUCAUUUCCAGGUCAAGCCUACCAAACAGGUUAAAGGACAGGUAGACCAUUCUACACACCUUUCAUAUUCAUAUUCUGUAAUUUAUUUCAAUAUUAAACAUAAAUAUUAUAAGAAAAUGUA